AUGUCGGACCAACUCUCGGUGCUCUUCGUCUGUCUCGGCAACAUUUGUCGGUCGACCAUGGCGGAGGGCGUGUUUCAAUCGUUAGCCAGGAAAGAACCGUAUAGCGAGCUUGUAGGAAAGAUCGAUUCCUGUGGGACAAGUGCUUACCAUGUCGGUGAUGGGCCAGACGAGCGGACAAUGGCGACUCUCGAGGACCACGGCAUCACCAACUAUGUGCAUUGUGCUCGGAAGGUCGACGCAUCAGACUUCGACAAGUUCGAUUACAUCUUUGCCAUGGACCGAGGCAACCUCGCCGACCUGGAGCGCAUUCAGCGACGCAAGCCCAGCAGCAAGGCAAAGCUCAUGCUCUUCGGCGAGUACUCUGGUACCGGUAAGACCGAAAUUAUCAGCGACCCGUACUACGGUGGCGUUUCGAGCACCUCAGCUCUUUGGCCAGGCUCGAGCCGGGCAUGCCGGAGACGAUGGGGUGCGGGAGCCAUUCAGCCCCGCACCAUGCCCCUGAAUAGCCUCAGCCCUACGGCCAUCUGGGUGGCCCAAGACCGGCAGGCCGCCGGCAUCUCGGCCAUGGAGCAGGCACGGCGGAGUUCCAUCCCAGCUCUCACCUGA